AUGGCUGUAAGAUCUGCUUCAAAAGAACUUAAAAAAAAGGCUCCUAAGAAGCUUAAAGAUUUAAAUGCACCGAAGGCUCCUCUGACACCUUAUUUAAAAUGGGGUCAAGAACAAAGAGAAAAAGAUCCAGAAAUCAAAUCAUUACCGGUUGGUCAACAAGGAAAGAAGCUUAGUUUGAUGUGGCAAAAUGUUAGUGAUGAAAUAAAAGAAAAAUACAAAAGUGUUUACCAGAAGGAAAAAGAAGCUUACUUAAAAGAAUUUGAGGACUACAAGAAAACUGAUAGUUAUAAAGAAUGGUUUAAACAAAAAGAAGCAUUAUCAAAAGAAGAUGGAUCUACCGGGAAAAGAAAGAAAAGAAGUGCACAGAGUGCAUAUAAUGUUUAUUUUAAGGAAGAAUAUCCAAUUAUGGCUAGUAGUAUGAAUACUGAUGGAGAAAGUAAGCCUUCUAUGAAAGACGUCACAGCAAAAGUAGCUGAAAAAUGGAAGAAUUUUAGUGAUGCAGAAAAAGCGGCGUAUCAGGAAAGAGCUGAUGCUAUAAAUAAAGAGAAAAAGGAAGCAGAAUUUAUGUCUAAAGAAGAAUCAAAGGAAGAAGAAGAAGAUUCUGAAGAUGAAUAA